CUAUUUACUCGCGGUCGCGGAGAGAUCGCCGGCCGGCGCGACGCAUCGCAUGGAGGUGGAGGAGAGGAAGCCCGCCGCCGGGAUGGGGGCCGACGGCUUCACGGAGGCCGAUCUCGCGGCGGCGGACCAGCUGGUGCAGCUCAGCGCCAGCUUCAGCGGCGGCGGCGGCUGCGAGGAGGACGGCUGCGACUCCUCCUCCUCGGCCACGCUGUCGGUGAACAACGCCGAUGCGGCGGCCCUGGCGAGGGAAUUUCUACAAGCCGACGACGAUAUGGGGUUCGAUAGGAGGGUCAGGAAGAAGUACCGCCUGCUGUCGGAGCUCUACGCCGCCACGCGGCCGGUGAAAGAGAAGGGCGGCGGCGACGACGGCGGCGGGAAGCGGAAGAAGAGAGAGGAGGAGAUGGGGAUGAUGAAGACGAAGAAGAACAAGAUCAAGCCGCGGCCGCCGCCGCCGGAGCAGCAGCAGCGUUAGAGGGAUCGGGAACACCGCGCGGAUGCCUGGGUCUCUCUGUAAAUAUUUCCUUCUCCCAGGGUGUUCAUCUGCUUUCGCUUUUUUUUUCCUCUUUAUUUAUCUUCUCCUUUCGCCGCCUGCGCGUGGAAUGGACUGAAGAAAAAAAAAACAGCAAAUUUGUACAAAGUUUCCGAGUUUUGAUUUCAAACGACGCCGAUCGGUCUGGUACUUCUGUA